AUGAUAGUAGGAAUAAACGAAAUAGUAAAACAAAUAAGAGAAAAGACUGAUCUCAAAGAAGCAGAAGUAAAAGAAGCGAUUGUUAAUUUUUUAGAAGUUGUCCAGAAAAAUUUGAAUAAAGGUGAAAGCAUUAGUUUUAAAAACUAUUUUACCUUACAAAGACAAAAAACUACGCCUAACAUUAGUAAAUAUUGUGUUAAGCACGAAAGUCCAAUCGAAAGUUAUCGGCAAAAAAAUAAAGGCGAAGUAAAAGGUGGUCAAGACAUAACAUUUAAAGAAGAUAAAGAUAAUGCUGACACGGACGGAAAAUUAGACAAAGGAUUUUUUUCGGACGGUAUAAAAUUUACUGAAUUAGAUGCUAGUCAUAAAAUUAAAGGUGAAGCAAAAAUAGCAAGUUUACAAAAGGAGGAAGAAUUUCCCUCUUUCCUCCGAAGUAAUCAAAACAAAAUAGUACUAGUUAAAUUCUUUACCGUUUGGUGCGGUCCGUGCCAACAAUUGCAAAAAACACUACAAAAAUUACUAAGCGAAAGAAAUGACUUGGUAAUUCUCGAAGUCGAUGCCGAAAAGUUUCCUUAUUUGGCAUCAGAGUUCCAAGUUUCUUCUGUGCCAACUCUGGUUCUUUUUAAGCAAGGCAAAAAGAUUAAAAAAGGUGCCGGAAAUAUGAGUAUUCAACAACUAAAAGAGUUUUUGAAUAGCGAACGCAUGGGACUUAAGAUCCCACGGAUUUUAUCUGUGCCGGUUCGAGUCCGGCUUUGGGUACCAAAUUGGGAAACAGACUUGGCUGACAACAAAACUAUCCUUAAAGGUGAAAUUAAGCCCAAUUUAGAAAUAAAAAUCUUUGACAAAAAUAAUAAUGAAGUCCAAGAACAUAGGUACAUUCCCACUGAUGGAAAAGUGGUCAAGUAG